AACCGUAAAAGAAAAUUCCCUCGAUUUGCAUGUGCCUUUCACAUUCCGGUAAAAUUAUCAGGAUUUGCGUGGCAUUUUGCAGUCAAUGAAAUUAAUCCGUACUAUUCGCCAGCUGCUUAAAUUUCAAGACGUUUUAAGAAGUUCCUGCUAUCUUCAGUGUUUUCCGAAUUUCACAAGUUACAGACAUUUUUACAUCAGCACUUCUGUUGACCAGAAGUGGGGCACAAAUAAAAAACAUAGAAACGUUAAGUUAAAUAUUUAUUUUGAUACGAUGGCAGAUCCCAAAAUUGAAGAGAUUUUGGCUCCUUUGAGAGCCAAUGUUAAAGAACAAGGUGAUCUUGUGCGUAAAUUAAAAGCUGAUGGGGCUCCAGAUUUGGAUGUGAAAAAGGCUGUGGCUGAACUAAAAGCCAGAAAAAAGAUUUUGGAGGAUAAGGAACUAAGUUUGGCUCCAAAUGCUACUUUUGAUAGGGCAAAAAUGGAGGAUCUCCUAAAAAGGAGGUUUUUCUAUGACCAAUCCUUUGCCAUUUAUGGAGGAAUCACUGGACAAUUUGAUUUUGGACCAAUGGGAUGUGCCUUCAAGUCAAAUUUACUUCAAGCAUGGAGACAGUUCUUUGUUUUGGAGGAACAGAUGUUGGAAGUGGAUUGUUCAAUUUUGACACCAGAACCAGUAUUAAAAGCCUCUGGACAUGUUGAUAGAUUUGCUGAUUUGAUGGUUAAAGAUAGUAAAAAUGGUGAAUGCUUUAGGUUGGAUCAUUUAAUUAAAGCUCAUUUGGAAAAAAUUGCUGCUGAUAAGAAAACAACUGCAGUAACUAAGGCAGAAUGUGAGGAUAUUGUUAUUAAAUUAGAUGGCAUGAAUAAGGAUGAAAUGGCUGCAGUUGUAAAAAAAUUCGAUAUGAAGAGUCCCUUAACUGGAAAUGAACUAACUGAACCAAUGGAAUUCAAUCUGAUGUUUGCCACCGAAAUUGGUCCUUCAGGAUUAGUGAAAGGCUUCCUAAGGCCAGAAACCGCUCAAGGAAUCUUCGUAAACUUUAAACGCCUCCUGGAAUUCAACCAAGGAAAACUCCCGUUCGCGUCGGCCCAAAUUGGUUUGGCUUUCCGUAACGAAAUCUCCCCAAGAUCCGGUUUAAUCAGAGUAAGGGAGUUCACGAUGGCCGAAAUCGAGCAUUUCUGCGAUCCCAGCGACAAGAGCCACUGGAAAUUCGACAGCAUUAGAGACACUGAAUUGCUGUUGUACUCCGCUUGCAAUCAGAUGGACGGCAAAGCCGCUGAGAGGACCAAGAUCGGGGAUGCUGUUGAUAGGAAAUUGGUGGCCAACCAAACCUUGGGAUACUUUUUGGCAAGAAUUCAAAAGUUCUUAACCAAAAUCGGUGUGGAUCCCGCUAGGCUAAGAUUCAGACAACACAUGUCUAACGAAAUGGCUCACUAUGCUUGUGAUUGCUGGGACGCCGAAAUUCUUACCAGUUAUGGUUGGGUGGAAUGUGUGGGCUGCGCAGAUAGAUCUGCGUACGAUUUAACGCAGCACACGCAAGCAACUGGUGUGAGAUUAGCCGCAGAGAAAAAAUUGUCGGAACCAAAAAUUGUUGAUGUUGUUGAGGCUGCUCCAAAUAAGGGAACCUUGGGAAAAGCAUUUAAGAAAGAUGCCAAGGCUAUUACUGAUGCAUUGGCCAACCUACAAAUCAAUGAUGUCGAAGAGUUGGGACAAAAUUUGGAAGGAAAAGGAUCUUAUGAGUUAUCAGUUGGUGACCAAAAAUUCACCCUCACCAAAGAUAUGUUGAGUGUGAAGCGUUACCAAAAAACUUUACACGUUGAAGAGAUCACGCCCAGCGUUAUUGAACCAUCUUUUGGUAUUGGAAGAAUUAUGUAUUCCGUUUUUGAGCAUAAUUUCAAAAUGCGGGAAAAUGAUGAACAAAGAACAUAUCUGUCUCUUCCAGCCGUUAUUGCUCCAUUAAAAUGCAGUGUUUUACCUUUGAGUGGCAAUGCUGAGUUUGUACCUUUUGUAAAGCAAUUAUCUGCUGAAUUAACCAAAGUUGAUGUAUCCCACAAAGUGGAUGAUAGUUCUGGUUCUAUUGGCAGAAGAUACGCCAGAACUGAUGAAAUUGCAAUCCCAUAUGGUAUCACAAUUGACUUUGAUACUCUUAAAGAGCCACACAGUGUAACUUUGAGGGAAAGAGACUCCAUGACCCAAGUUAGAAUACCGAUGAGUGAUGUUGCAACUGUGGUUCAUAAUUUGGCCUACAGUAAACAGGAAUGGAGUGAUAUUCAGAGCAAGUAUCCCAAGUUUGAGGCUCAAGAAAGUAAAGGAGUUUAAACUAAAUGAAUUUUAAGUAAAUAAUGCAUUUUUCUUAAUUAAUUAUGUUUUAAUUAAGCUUUAUAAGUAUUUAUUACCUAAUGAUUUUAAUAAAAUUAUGCUCAUUAUC